AUGAACAGGCAACUCGACUACCACGCACACGCAGAGUCGUCGCGCGGCUCGCCCGCUCACUCUUACGGGACACCUUCGACGUCCUACACCCACGGCAGCACCGCUUCGCAGGCGUCGCAGCCACUGCCAGUCGCACGGCCGGAUGCCAAGGUCAAGCUCACGUGCGUUGGAGAUGGCGGCGUGGGCAAGACCUGCCUGCUCAUCGUGUACUCUCAGAAGCGGUUCCCGACGGACUACAUCCCAACCGUCUUCGAGAACUACGUGCUCAACAAGCCGUACGAGGGCAAGAUCGUCGAGUUCGCGCUGUGGGAUACGGCUGGCCAGGAAGAAUACGACCGCCUGCGACCCUUGUCCUACCCCGAGACGCACGUUCUCUUCGUCUGCUUCGCCGUCGACUACCCCGUGAGCCUGGAGAACGUUGAAGACAAGUGGUACCCCGAAGUCGCGCACUUUUGCGAGGACGUCCCAAUUAUCCUCGUCGCGACCAAGACGGACCUGCGCGCCGAUUCGACCGCCGUCUCGCUCCUCAAGGCGCAAGGGCGGCAUCCGGUCACGCCCGAGGAAGGCGCUGCAGUCGCCAAGCGGAUAGGCGCCAAGUACGCGGAGGUGAGCGCGAUGACGGGAAGGGGCGUCGAGGAGGUCUUUGACCUGGCGCUGCGGGAGGCGAUGAAGGGGACGAGCCUGAUCGGGCGCAGCAUCAAGCGCCGCAAAGCCAAGUGCACAGUCUUGUGA